GCUGCAAGAACGGAAGUAGUUGUAGGUUCCUUCAUGGUGCUGGGCCUGGUGAAGGUGAAGUUGGGUCACCAAACAAGUUCGAGAUGAUGGAACAUUGACAAGAACUCUCAGAUCUAAGUCUGCUCACCAGCAAAGACUAGCCACAGCUUCUCAGCUCAUGGCUUCUUCUAACUUUCCUCUCUCCCCCAUGGCUGCUAACAAAUGCAUGAACUUUCUUCAGCAGCAACAGUUGCAGUCUGCUGAAAGCCGAAGGGCAGCUGCUGCAUUGAUGAUGGGUGAUGACAUGCACAAAUUGAGCAGAAGUCGUUUUGAAAGAGGGGAUUUUGGACUGAAUGGUGGAGUUGGAAUAACAAAUCCACGUUCAAGGCAAAUUUACUUGACAUUUCCAGCUGAUAGUACUUUCAAAGAAGAGGAUGUUUCCAAUUAUUUCAGCACUUAUGGGCCUGUUCAAGAUGUGAGGAUUCCAUAUCCGCAAAAGAGGAUGUUUGGUUUUGUUACAUUUGUUUAUCCGGAGACUGUGAAGACCAUUCUUGCCAAAGGAAAUCCUAAUUUUGUAUGUGAUGCUAGGGUGCUUGUCAAGCCUUACAAAGAGAAGGGCAAAGUCCCAGAGAAGUUUAGGAAGCAACACCAACAGCAACAGCAGGAAGCAACACCAACAGCAGGAAGCAACACCAACAGCAUAUUGAUAUUUGGUGUUUGUUUUGUUGCAGAUAAUGGUUUUGCACUCAAUUAUGGAUCUUUUUGUUAA